GGCGUUGGGCGGAGAGCGAGCCGCACGCACUCAGCUCGGAGAAGCCAUGGCGGCGGCUCGGUGCAUGCGGCUGUUGCUGAGACCGCGGCGCUACCCGCUGCUGAGCUGCCCGCUGCGGACUUCUCCACGGUUGCUUUGCAUAGCAACACAACAGAAAAGCACUGGACAGAACUUGGAAGAUGACCAGAGUCAGAGCCAGAAUAAACCGAAGGCUGAACCAAUGUCUGCUGAGAAGAUAUUUAUUGAAGAAAAAGCCAAAUUGGAAGAACAACUAAAAGAAAUGACUGACAAGUACAAGCGAGCCCUGGCAGAUACAGAAAACUUGAGGCAAAGAAGCCAGAAAUUGGUAGAAGAGGCAAAGCUGUAUGGGAUUCAGAGCUUCUGCAAGGACUUACUAGAAGUUGCUGACAUUUUGGAAAAAGCAACUGAGAGUGUUCCAAAAGAGGAACUCAAGGAUGAAAACCCUCAUCUGAAGAACCUGUAUGAUGGUCUUGUCAUGACAGAAGUACAGAUUCAAAAAGUGUUCAAAAAGCACGGCCUGCUCAAACUGAAUCCUGUUGGAGCCAAGUUUGAUCCCUAUGAACAUGAAGCUUUGUUCCAUGCUCCCAUGGAAGGGAAGGAGCCUGGUACUAUUGCAUUAGUAUCCAAGGUUGGCUAUAAGCUGCAUGGGCGUACCUUGAGGCCUGCCUUGGUGGGAGUUGUCAAAGAAUCUUAGCGGCCCAAUUUAUAAGAAUUAAAAAUGCCAUACAACUAUUAGAUGGCUGACUAGUUUUCCUCUUCCAGUGUGCUUUUUUUUCCAUUCCCACACUCUGUAGAAGGCUUAAAUUAAUAGUGAAACUGAAGCAAAUGCUGCAAUUGCCUUUCUUAAUGGACCAUAAAUAAUUUGAUGGACCUCCAGAGUGCAUUUUUUGUAUUGUCAGCUCUGCUUAAGUGCAAAAUACAAGAGCCCUUAAACCAUCUGUAUUUUGGAUAACAUUUUGUCUGUAAUAAUCCUGGCUACUGAAGGUAUGUGAAGUUGAAAGGUACAAAAUAUAUCCACAGGAAACUGCAUGGUAACAGUUGGAUCACUAUUUAGAAAGAAGAACCCUUUGACUUUGUGUCCUUUUGUGUUACGUUUCCUAGUAUCACUGUGAAGCAGUACGUGUAAAUAGCUGUCUUUAAAUGCCCACACCAGCUUUCACAAAGCAGACACUCAUCAGCUGCUUGCUCACUUGGUGGAUUGCUGUUUCUAUGAUGUGUCUAUUUCCUGGAAUAGGGCCUUUCUUUGAACAGCAAAAGUUUCAACACCUGUGUGAUUCCUGAUCUGGGCUUAAGAGGUUGUAAAUAAAUAAAAUAUAGGGGGGAGGGGAUUGGCUUCAUUGCUUUUAUUCAUAUGCUUCAUAAUCUCUUUUCAAGGAAACCAUUUAAUACUUGUAUGGCAUUGAAGUAGUUAUAGAAGAAAAAAGUGUUCAAUCUCUGGAUUUUUGAAUACAAUCAGUUUGCUAUGCAAAUUUUAUUUGCAACUAUAUUGAAGGUCAAAAUAGUAACCACCAGAAAAGUUAAGUAUAUAAAAGUGGUUUUGGCAUCUGUUACCUUUUAUAAUUCACAUGGAUGUAUAAAGACCUGGUGAUCGUGGUUAAAAGUAACUGCAUCAGACCACACAAGUGAACUCUACUUCAUUUACGUUCCUUAAUAAGAGUUAUUUUCCUGUUUA